CUGCAGUUGGCAAUGGAAUCCGAGGGACUGCUGCGAUCGACGGAAUCCCUUUGGAAGCCCCAACUCUCCCUCCACCGGCGGCCGCCCACUUCGCCGCCCUCUCCCUCCUCCGUUCCCCGUUUCAAGCGCGUCUGCGUCUUCUGCGGCAGCAGCUCCGGCAAGCGCCUCAGCUACCAAAUCGCCGCCAUCGACCUCGGCAACGAACUCGUGCACAGGAACAUCGACUUGGUGUACGGCGGCGGCGGCGCCGGCCUCAUGGGCCUCGUUUCCCGCGCCGUCUUCAGCGGCGGCCGCCACGUCUUGGGAGUGAUUCCGAGGACUCUGAUGCCGAAAGAGAUCACCGGAGAGGCGGUGGGCGAAGUCCACCCGGUGGCCGGAAUGCACCAGAGGAAGGCGGAGAUGGCCCGGCAGGCCGACGCUUUCAUAGCCUUGCCCGGUGGAUAUGGAACCCUAGAAGAACUACUUGAGGUGAUAACUUGGGCUCAAUUAGGGAUCCAUGACAAACCGGUUGGUUUGUUGAAUGUGGACGGGUUCUACAACUCUUUGUUAUCAUUCAUCGACAAGGCCAUCGACGAGGGGUUCAUUGCUCCGACUGCCCGCCACAUCAUUGUCUCGGCGACAACCGCCCACGAGUUAUUGUCCAAGCUUGAGGAUUAUGUGCCAAGGCAUGAGAGUGUGGCACCGAGGGUGAGGUGGGAGAUGGAGCAAUUAGAGCAUUCUGGUAAGAUAGGUAUUGCCAGAUAAAGAAUAGUCUGGUGCACGAAGCUCUCAUUAAUACAGAGUCUCAAGUAAAAGUCUAUUAUAGCCAAGGUUAUGUUGCCAGAUGAUGAUUGAAACUAUAUUCACUAUAAAUUUUAAUGUUUUAGUUAUGAUA